AAAUCACUCGCCGAGGAGAGGGAGUUAGGAUUAUUUUUUUUUUUUUUUAAACGUUUGUAACGAAAACAAACAACAAAUGUGGUGGAAUUUAUGAUCGGAAGCCCGUCAAGUGCAUGAAUGACAACUGCGAAUGGCAAUAUUCGAAUCGGUUGGUUGUAAAUGUGAUGAAAAUAACCAUCGCUAUCCAUCGGCAACCAACAUGGCGACGCACCACCGUCAGACCAGUGGACAUGGGACCAGAAAGAAAGUUCAGGUGUCAUUUAUGAUCCGUGAUGAAGUUGAAAAAUAUCAUAAAUCUGGUAUUAAUUCCCUUCAGUUUGAUACUUAUUUAAACAGAUUGUACUCUGCUGGCAGAGAUUCAAUUAUUCGUAUAUGGAAUGUUCGGAAUAAUAAGGAACCAUAUCUACAGUCUAUGGAACACCAUACUGAUUGGGUAAAUGAUAUUGUUCUUUGUUGUGGUGGAAAAAAUUUAAUUUCAGCUUCUAGUGAUACCACAGUCAAAGUAUGGAAUGCACAUAAAGGAUUUUGCAUGUCAACAUUAAGAACACACAAAGAUUAUGUAAAAGCUUUAGCAUAUGCCAAAGAUAGGGAACAAGUAGCAUCUGCUGGUUUAGAUCGUGCUAUUUUUCUCUGGGAUGUAAAUACUUUGACAGCAUUAACAGCUUCUAAUAACACUGUAACAAAAUAUAUGUAUGUUAAUAUAUUUGUAACAGCUUCCUCAUUAAUGGGUAAUAAAGAUAGCAUAUACAGUCUUGCUAUGAAUCCUUCUGGGUCUGUCAUAGUUUCAGGUUCAACUGAAAAAGUUGUAAGAGUGUGGGAUCCCCGAACGUGUCAAAAACUUAUGAAACUAAAAGGUCAUACUGAUAAUGUAAAGGCUCUUAUUUUGAACAGGGAUGGAUCACAGUGUCUUUCGGGGAGUUCUGAUGGAACUAUAAGGUUAUGGUCCUUAGGACAGCAAAGAUGUGUGGCUACCAUAAGAGUACAUGAAGAAGGAGUCUGGGCACUUCAAGCAAAUGAGAAUUUCACAACUGUUUUUUCUGGUGGAAGAGAUAGGAAAAUUUUCAUGACGGAUCUACGGAAUUCUGAAAAUAGAAUUCUAAUAUGUGAAGAAACUGCACCAGUAUUAAAGAUGAUUUUAACACCCGAUCAUUCUUCUCUGUGGGUUGCAACUACAGAUUCUUGCAUCAAAAAUUGGCCGAUUAAUAAUCGAAGCUCUCAAUAUGACGACUAUGACACUGAUGCUUUACCUCCUCUCAUUCAGCAUCCAGAUGUAGUUAUUAGAGGAAAUCCUAGUAUCAGGCAUUAUCACGUUCUAAAUGACAAACGGCACAUUCUAACAAAAGAUACUGAGAAUCAUGUUGUUUUAUGGGAUGUUCUAAAGGCUUGUAAAGUUGAAGACUUAGGGCAAGUCGAUUUUGAAGCAGAAAUCAAAAAAAGGUUUAAAAUGGUUUAUGUUCCCAAUUGGUUUACAGUAGACUUAAAAAUGGGGAUGCUCUGCAUCCAUUUAGAAGAACCAGAUUGUUUUGUAGCAUGGGUCUCUGCUAAAGAAUUUGGUUUAAGUCCAAAUGAUGGACUAGAUCCGAAAAUAAAUUUGGGAGGAUUGUUACUUCAGGCAUUGUUGGAACAUUGGCCUGCAUCAUAUGCAAAUGAAGAAGAAAGUGAGAAUGGUGUUGCUGGGCCUAGUAGUGAAGAACCAAUGGUAAAUGGAGACAGACAACGUCCUGGAAAUUCAUAUUUUAAUGUUCCUGAACACAUACCUGUUAUUUUUGGAGAGGUUGGAGGCCGAACAUUAUUACGGUUACUUGUGGGUGAUGCUGGGAGAGAAACAGAAGAAUUGUUGUUACACGAAACUGUACCAAGUUGGGUUACUGAUGUCGUAGUAGCGAAAAAUAUGCCAAGAUUUAACAAGAUUCCUUUCUAUUUAUUGCCACAUUCAUCUUCAGGAGUAAAACCUCUUCGCAAGGAAAGGCUGUCUGCCAGUGACAUGCUGCAAGUCAGAAAGGUAAUAGAACAUGUCUAUGAGAAAAUUAUGGGAGCAGGAUCGGAUACCGGUUCUCAGACGGCUAGUCAAUCAGGUGGUUCCGGAAACCAAGAGAAACAAGAACCGGAAAGAGACGACGAGAGAACGUCGAUAGCAGAAGAGAAGGUGGAACUUCUAUGUCAAGAUCAGAUAUUAGAUCCCAAUAUGGAUUUGCGGACGGUUCGACACUUUAUAUGGAAAAGUGGCGGAGAUCUAGUGUUAAAUUAUAGGCCAAUUAAGUAAACUGCAUAAACAGUUAUUGAAUGACCAACAUUCUCAUUUGAUAAGUGUGCCAAUUAGCCACCUACUCACUGUACAUUUGCAUUGUAUAUAUUAUAACAUGUUAUAGUUACAGAAACUUGUUUAUAUACAGUCUUAUUUAUUAGACAAAAAUAAAUGUUACUAAGAAAAUGAGAAGUACAUGUUACAAAGUUGCGAGUUUUCCACUAAUUCUUUACGAUGCUAGUAGUAACAAUACUUAAAAUCAAGUAUCAUUGAUCGAUAGAAAGAAUUUUGUUAAAAACCAGUAUGUAUAGUUAUCAUAAUCAUAACCUUCAUUGCUCAAGUCUUUCAUGUACAUUUUGUAAAUAAAUAAUUUACAUUUCAGAA